AUGCAAUUUUUAAUUUGUUCAUCCUUUUCUAUUAAGGGUUAUCUGGAAUCUGCUCAGGCACUCUAUGAGGCAAAACUAAAGCCUGUUGAUUUUGAGAAAGACAAAACAAGAGAAGACAUAAACACAUGGGUUGAAACCAAAACAAAUGGUAAAAUAAAGAAUUUGUUUGCCCCGAAUUCACUGGAUAAGAAUACUUCCCUGAUACUGGUGAAUGCCAUUUAUUUCAAAGGAAAAUGGAUGGAAACGUUUAAAAAGGAAAACACAAAAAAUGCUCCGUUCCAUGUAAAAGAGGAUGUAAAAAUAACAGUGCCAAUGAUGAGACAAACUCAAAGAUUUAAUCAUGGAAUUGUAGAAGAAUUGGAUGCUCAGUUUAUUGAACUGCCAUAUGAAAAUAAUGAUUUCAGCAUGUUCAUAUUUUUACCUAAUAACAUUUUUGGUCUACAAAAGGUUAUUAAACAGAUAAAUUUGGAGUUAUUGAUGAAAUCGACAGAUCCUAAAAAUAUGCAAAUGACAAAAUUAGAGGUGCACAUUCCACGUUUUAAGACAGAAGAAAGCUAUGAUCUAACAUCACAAUUAAAAAACAUGGGAAUGCUGGACGCCUUCAGCCACAAAGCAAAUUUAUCUGGUAUAUCUGACAUUGGCCUCUAUGUGUCAAAAAUGAUCCAUAAAGCCUUCAUUGAGGUUAAUGAAGAAGGAACUGAAGCAGCAGCUGCAACUGGAGUUGUUAUUCAACCAAAAUCAGCCAUUAGGCAGUUUAUAGUAGACCAUCCAUUUCUAUGUUUCAUCAAACAUAAUGCAACCAAUACCAUUCUUUUUUGUCUCAAACUUUGUUCACCAAGCUCAUAA